AGCGGCAGACCGUCUCUCAUUCGACUCUCGCAUUCGCCGUCGUCAGCACACGCGCACGCAACGCAGCAACGCAGCAGCAACAUCAAGCACGCCACCAGCAACUCGGUUGUUCGUUGUUUCGGUUUCGUGUCGUAUCGUUUCGCAUCGCAUCGGUUCGUGCCUCGUCAUCAGCCCAACAGAACAAAAAUAAAAAGAACGAAAAACCAGCAACACACACACACACACAUAUAUAUACAAAAUACGAAACGAAGAAAAAUACAAGCGUAUUAUAGCCAGGGAAAAAGCAGCGUAGAACGCACCUCGAACAGGUUUCGCCGUCGUCCGGAGAAACAGAAAGGUGCUCAAUUCCGCCCAGUGUGGAGGUAUUUUUUCGGUGUUCCCGCUUAUAAAAAUAUACAACAAAAAUCCAAAUAGAAUAAAAUAAUAUCAAACAACAACAACAACAACUAUAACAACAACAACAUUCUGUGGCAAAUUCGCGUCGGGUUUUAACAACAAUUUUCAAGUGUUUUCGACCGCCUCUUGUUUGUUCGCAAACAUAGAAGAAUAUUUGUGACUGUGGAAAAAACGCAAUUCAAGCUGUUUUUUAAGCAACAAAUCCAAAGAGAUCGCAAAAGUUUUUGAUACGAAAGUUGUUAUGCAAUUCUAAGAGCCAGAGCAGCCACAAACUAUAGCCAAAAAUCAAACAAAUCACAAGUGCAACAUGGUUUCCCACAAAAUGUUCAAAAUGUCUAACUAAGAAAGUUAAAGAGUAAUCUAAACUAAAGAGUAACUGCAAGAAAAAGCGACUAACGAGGAGCAUCCCUACUAGACCAUCUUUAGUGUACCAAAAAUCUGAUAGCAAUUUCCUCAAGAUGCUGACCAUGGAAUCGGAUAUGAAAGGCAGCCUGCUGCAUGCCACCAUGCCGCCGCAUCAUACGAGUGCCGCUCUCCACGGACAUGCGGCAUCUCCGUACUCGGCUUUGGCUCCCCUAAUGAACCUGGGCCAGUCUCACCUGACCCACUCGCAGCUGAGCCAUCAUAACCACCAUCAUCAUCACAUGAGCGCCCACAUCGCCGCUAGCCAGAGUCCCAAUCCUCUGAGUUCGCUGCAAUCCUCGAUGGCGAAUACCCUCAAUGGCAGCCAGGUGGGUCAGCAGCAGCAGCAGCAGCAGCAACAGCAACAGCAGCAGCAGAGUUCGCCGCUGCACAGCUCCAGCGAACUGAGUCCCACCCAGAGCAGCAUUGGCAGCCACCACAUGACCUCGCCGGUUAGCCACCAGCAGCACACCCAGCAGCAACAUUCCCAGCAGCAACAUUUGGGCGCCGGAUCAGCUUUGAGCAGCCUAACUGGAGGCUCCAACAACAAUAACAACAACAGCGCCACGGCCAACAAGAACCAACAGCAUGCGGAUCGUGUGAAGCGGCCAAUGAAUGCGUUCAUGGUGUGGUCACGAGGUCAGCGAAGGAAGAUGGCCUCGGACAAUCCCAAGAUGCACAACUCGGAGAUCUCGAAGCGUCUGGGUGCCCAGUGGAAGGAUCUCUCGGAGUCGGAGAAGCGGCCGUUCAUCGAUGAGGCCAAGCGGCUGAGGGCUGUGCACAUGAAGGAGCAUCCGGAUUACAAGUACCGGCCACGUCGCAAGACCAAAACCCUGACCAAGACCAAGGAGAAGUAUCCAAUGGGUGGACUAAUGCCCGGUCAGGCGGUGGGCGGUGGAGCGCCGGGUGAACCGGUAACUCCCACGCGAGUGCAAGGUCAACCGGGACAGAAUCAAUCGUUAAACGGCAGCGGAGGAAGUGCAGCAGCGGCAGCGGCGGCGGCAGCAGCAGCGGCCCAACAGGCGCGCCAGGAUAUGUACCAGAUGAACGCGCCGAACGGAUAUAUGCCCAAUGGCUACAUGAUGCACGCCGAUCCGGCCGGAGCCGCCGCCUACCAGACCUCCUACAUGGGCCAGCACUAUGCGGCGCAGCGGUACGACAUGGGGCACAUGUACAACAACGGGUAUGCGAUGUACCAGACGGUGUCUGGGGGACAGACCUCGCCCUAUGGCAGUAGUCUGCAGCAGCCGGGAUCACCGUCACCGUAUGGCGGUAGCAGUCUGCAACAGCAACCGGGCAGUCCAGCUCCCUAUGGUGGAGGAGGAGGCGGUGGCGGCCAGGUCUCUUGCCAGAGUCAUAGCCCCAGCGACUCGAGCAUCAAGUCCGAACCCGUAUCGCCCAGUCCCAGUGCCAUAGCGCUCAACAACAACAACAACAUCAACAACAACCACAUCAUGAAGCGAGAAUACAGCUCAGCGGCAGCGGCAGCAGCAGCAGCAGCAGCGGCAGCAGCCGCCGGCGGCGGAGAGCUGAAUCACCUGAUGAACAUGUACCAUCUGCCGGAUGAGCAGCGCCACCUGCUGCACUAUCAGACUGACUCGCCCGACUUGCAGCAGCAACACCAGGCGAUGCAACAGCAGCAGCAACAGCAGCACCUCCCGCAGCAACAUCUCCCGCAGCAGCACCAACAGAUCCCGCAGCAACACCAGACGAUGCAGCAACAGCAGCACCAACACCACCUCCAGCACCAGCAAUCGCUGCGGACAAUGGCGCCGCUGGCACAUAUGUGAGAAAUGGCCAGCGCCUAUGGAGCAGCAGGCUCCAGUGUGAGCGUUUCGCCUCCACUGCCGCCGUACAUGCCGACGGCCCAGCAGCAACAACAGCAGCAGCAGCAGCAACAACAACAGCAACAGCAGCAGCAACAGUUGCUAAACGGACGGCCUAGUCCGACGGCAUCGGGUUCGUCGGGCGGCCGCUCCUCGGCGCAUUCCAGUGGCCAUACCGCCGCGCAUUCACCCGCCUUGGCAGCCGCCUACCAGCUGACCCCCUCUGCUGCCGCCCCCUCAGCCACUGUUGCUGCAGCUGCAGCGGCGACUGCUGCGGCCGUUGCUGCUGCUGCUGCGGCAGGUAGCUCCUUUGCUGCCUCGGCCAGCAUGCUGGACAUGCAGCAGCAACAUCUCGAGGAGCAGCAGCAACACCACCAUCUGCACUACCAGCAGCAGCAGCAGCAACAACAUUACCAGCAGCAGCAGCAACAUCUCCCGCAGCAGCAGCAGCAACAGCAGCAGCAUCAGCUGUACCAUCACUAUCAUCCUGGCCACGAGGCAGCGGUGGCCGCCAGUGCUGGCCUCCUGGAUAUAUCCACAUUGUAAAUUAUUGAAAAUAUUAACUAAAAGCCCUAGGAUACGCACACCCACACACCUACACACACACACACACACACACAGAGAAACAAUUUUAGCCUUAGUUCUUAAGCAGGUUUAAUGCGAAAUUGCAGAGUAACAAACACACACACAAACAAACACACACACAUGCAUAUAUAAAUAAAUGAAAAUAGGAUUAAAGUUUAGUCAUUUAAAUGAAGCAUACGCACUGUUGUACCACAAUGGGAAGACGACAACUCACUUGCAUUCCAUACUGUUUCAGCCUCGAUUUCCCUUUGGUUUUCCCGCUUGCUGCAUAGCUAAGACAAUUGUGUGAUACAAAUAAAUUGUUGCCAAUUAACGGAGACAACAAAUCGUUUGAUUUACCAUUUCAUUUUCACCACCACCCCCCGGCCGCCCCACACUUUUUGCUGUACAAAAACCAACACAAACCAAGACAUUCUCAGACAUUAGAAAACGAAGGCAGCGAAGGAAGAAGAUCUGCGGCAGCGUAGGAAUAGUAGGGAGUAAUGACAAGAUUUCAGAAACAAAAAAGCAGAAAAAAAACGCUAAGAAAAAUGUCGAAAAACAUUCUAUUUUAUAAAUUCUCUUAUGCAUUAAGUAAUUAUAAUUAUUAUCUAUUAUAUAAACAAUUUAAUUAUUAAUUAUGCUUACACGAAUACGAGACAAGACAACCAUAAUUAAUUGUAAUAAAGCGAAAAACAAAAUUAUUAUUAUUAUUAAAAGAAAACAUCUACUGCAUAAAACAAAAACAAAAACCGCAACCAGAAACAAAAUGUUAGUAAACCUAAAGCAAAUUUAGUAAAAAACAAAAACAAAAAAACCAAGAAGCAGCGUGCAAAACGUGAUUGUGAAACAUGGAGAGCAAGGCAGUUAAAAAACAAAAACAAAUCCAAGCAAAAACAUUGCCAAGCACCUGGAAAUAAGAAAAACAAAAAUCCACAAAAAAACAAAUAAAAGAAAAAUCUUUACAAAAAAA